AUGGCAGAGCAGAAAUCCUUGGAAGGUGCAAACACCGAUGAUCCUGAGAUUGCCCAUCUUCUUGUAGCUGUGAUAGAAAACAGAGCCAAGGAAGUUGGCAUUGCCGUCUUUGAUCCAGUGCAGGUCUCCCUGCGCCUGCUUCAAUUCAUAGAGUCCUCCAGAACGUACACAACCAGCUUGAGCAUCCUUCGAGCCUACAUUCCUUCCCAGCUCAUCGUUGUUGGAUCAAACCAAGAAACACUGAGCUCAGGAAUCAACAAAGCUGCACGACCUUUCCAUCAGGUUCCGAUGUCAAGGACAUGCUUUGACGAUACUAAGGGCAGCCUUGCAGUCAGUCACUGCGCAUCAGAGGCGACUCGAGCAGACCUUGAAGGCACUGCGCUGCGCAGCAACUACUACCUUGCCCUGGGAGCAGCAGGAGCCCUUUUGCAUUUCCUGGAACAGGAGCAGCACACGGUGCUGGCGGGAGGCACGCUGCAUGUGAUGUAUGUGAGCCCGACCUCAUACAUGCACAUUGACAUUGCCACCGUACGGGCACUGGAGCUCAUCAAGCCGAUGAAGGCGCCCACUCAGGGAUCCAGGGGCGGGAGCCUGUUCUGGUGGCUCAACCACACCAAGACCAGAUCUCCAAAUGUCAUGUUGCUGCAGGCGAAUUUAUUGCAGCCUCUGACAGACAUAGGCACCAUCCAGCUGCGCUAUAAUGUUGUGGAAGAGCUGCUGGGCUCAGAUGACCUGGCCUGCAGCAUUGGGCACUGCCUCGCCAGCCUACCUAACAACCUGGACAAGUUGUGCAGCGGCCUGGCGUUUUGGCCAUCGGCUCCAGGCAAAGACCCAGUGCAGCGCAUAGCCAGCUUGGUGCAGAGCGUGAUCCUGCUGAGAGAGGCGCUGACAGCCCUUCCCAGCUUGGCUGAUGCUCUGGAGCCAGCCAAGAGCGAGCUGCUCAAAGCGGUACGCGCAAACGCCUCGCACCCAGUCUUUGCAGAGCUGCUGCAAGUCAUCGAUGCUGCCCUGGACAGCGAUGUGUCAUCGAGCAAGGCAGCCUUUGUCAACCGCACGCAGCAGUGCUUCGCUGUGAAGAGCGGUGUCGACAGCUUCCUUGACCUGGCGCGCACAUCUUUCUGCCGCAUCUCAGAAGAGAUCCACGAGCUGGCUGCCAAGUACAGAGAGACCCACGGCAUCGUAUCCCUCAAGGCAGCGCAGUUGCAGUAUGCAGCCAAGCGGGGCUUCUACCUGAUGGCGCAGCGGCCGGGCGCGAAGACAAAGGAGGGGACCGUGCCUCCGCUGCCCAGGAAGUUCGUACAGUUGGAGGGUGGCACGCGCAACAGAGUGACCAUUGCCUGUACCACCGCAGAACUGAAUGCCCUGAACGCCCGCCUGAAGGACGCCACCAACGACUGCAUGAUCAUCACCCAGCAGAUCUUGGAGGGGACGGUCAGCACUGCCUGCCAGCGCCUCUCCAUGAUGCAUCGCCUCAUCGACAGCGUGGCACUCCUCGACAUGCUCGCAUCCUUUGCACUUGCGAUUAGUCAAUCGGACGGCAAUUAUGUGCGGCCGCAGCUGACAGAGCAUGGCCCCAUGGCUAUUGUGGAGGGGCGGCACCCCCUGGUGGAACAGCUGAUGGACACCGAGUACCAAGCCAAUGACACAUACCUUGCCGAGAGUUCCAGCUUCUAUGUGAUCACGGGGCCAAACAUGGCGGGGAAGACCACAUACCUGCGCCAGGUGGCGCUGAUCACAAUCCUGGCGCACAUGGGCUGCCAUGUGCCUGCCAGGCUGGCAUCCCUGCGCCCAGUGGACGGGCUGCUGACUCGCAUCGGCACAUCUGACAGCAUCGAGAACAACUCCAGCAGCUUCAUGUCAUGCUGGACAGUAUUUAGCUGGUGGCUGCAGGAGACCGCUCACAUCAUUGGCCAUGCCACCGACCGCAGCCUAGUGCUCAUUGAUGAGCUGGGGAGGGCCACAUCCACAGCAGACGGGGUCGCGAUAGCAUGGGCGAUCUCAGAGCACUUGAUCGGCGUGGGCGCCUUCACCCUGUUUGCAACGCACUUCUCCCCUCUCGGGGAGCUGGCUGAAAUGUACCCCAGCUGCAAGCAGUGGCACUUUGGGGUGGACACUGGGGAGCAGAGGCUGCAGUACGGCCACAAGCUGCUGCCAGGACAGGCCGCUGUCCUGCACUAUGGCCUCCUGAUGGCUCCCGCUGUAAGUGAAUCUUCUCAAUUUCAUUGA